AGCAGCAAGAUGGAAAUGAUCAAGAGCCACCUCCUUAUGGACACGGCGCAGCUGAGGGGGUAAACACGGUAUUUUGGGGAAUCCGGGAGAAAAAAAAAACGUCUCUGAUUUGGCCGGUAGCUAAGCUUGAAGGUGGAGGUGAGCAGUCAUUGGAGGCUGUCCGUAUCUGAUCACAGCCGCCGCUGCACCAGCGGAGCUGCGCUCUUCCUUGCGCAGCAGCAGCAGCAGCAGCAGCAGCAGAAAGUUUAUUUCCAUCUGAGCUCAACCCGCCCACCUCCGCUCUCUGUCUGCCUCUCCGAGCCUCGGUUUCGCUCCGUUUCAGUCUGCCUCCACCUCAAGCUGCGGCUCAGGGGGGCCACAGCCGCCGAGCUCGGCCAGCUUUAUUCCCACAGCCGCUCCUCCUGUCGGACACAUGGAGACAACCUGAGCGUAAAGACCUCUCUUCAUCCAGCGGACCACAGGCGCCUCGCUGGUUUUAUUUUAUUUUUUUAAAAAGAAGAAGAACAACAACAACAAAGCGCAAGAGUACCAGCACAUCUGUUGAUUUUCGCCGGACUUUUUGGAUUCCUGCCGCAUCUCAGGCUGUGAGACAUGGAGAACGGGACGUUGGAGGACAUGGAUGCACUGUGGGAGAAGGUGGAGUGCAAGCGCUACGAGCUGUGUCGCAACAUCACGCCGGCCAAGCUCACCCCCUACCUCCGUCAGUGCAAAGUGCUGGACGAGCAGGACGAGGACGAGAUUCUCAACUCCCUGCUGCUCCAGGCGAAGGCAAACCGCACAAGUCGUCUACUCGACAUCCUUCGCACUAAAGGAGAGCGGGGCUAUGUGGCCUUCCUGGAGAGUCUGGAGUUUUAUUACCCUGAACUUUACAAGUCGGUCACAGGGAAAGAUCCCACAAGACGCUUCUCCACCAUCGUAGUUGAGGAGGGUCAGGAGGGUUUGACCCAGUUCCUGAUGAACGAAGUGAUGAAACUCCAGAAGAACACCAAAGUCAAGACCCUGCAGAACACAGAGCUCAGCAGAAGGACCCGCACGCUGGAGGAUGAGUACAAGAAGCUACGCUUGGCUAACCAGGAGCUUCAAGCCUUUCAGCAGAGAUACAACAAGCUAAGGGAGGAGAGGAACACCUACAGCGACGAGCUGCUGAGGGUAAAGGACGAGAACUAUAAGCUGGCCAUGAGGUACGCCACGCUGAGCGAGGAGAAGAACAUGGCCGUGAUGAGGAGCCGCGACCUGCAGCUUGAGAUCGAUCAGCUGAAGCACAAGCUGAACAAAGUGGAGGAGGAGUGCAGGAUGGAGAGGAGGCAGAGUCUCAAGCUGAAGAACGACAUCGAGAACCGACCGAAGAGAGAGCAGAUCUUUGAGCUGGAGAGGGAGAACGAAAUGCUCAAGAUCAAACUGCAGGAACUUCAGUCCAUCAUACAGCCCGGCCCCUUACCUGCGUCAGACAAGGCCAUCCUCGACAUUUUGGAGCACGACAGACAGGAAGCUCUCGAAGACAGACAGGAUCUGGUCAACCGCCUCUACAACCUGCACGAAGAAGUUCGACAGGCGGAGGAACUGCGAGAUAAGUACCUGGAGGAGAAGGAGGAGCUUGAGCUGAAGUGCUCCACCCUUCAGAAGGACUGCGAGAUGUAUCGCAACCGCAUAGACACCAUCUCCACACAGCUGGACGAGGUGGAGAAGGAGAGGGACCAGGCAUUCAGGGCCAGAGACGAGGCCCAGCACCAUUUCUCCCAGAGCCUCAUCGACAAAGACAAAUACCGCAAGCAGAUCAGGGAGCUGGAGGAGAAGAGCGACGAGCUGCACAUCGAGAUCGUUCGCAAGGAAGCCAAGCUGGUGACGCUAGAGAGCCGCCUGCGGAGGUUGUCCAAGGACAUUCCCCUGGACCAGAGCUUACCAAGGGACAUGCCUCUACCCAUCAUCUCUCACGCGGCUGAGGAUAAACAAGACUGGUCCAGCGACGAGUCACACGAGGAGAAGUCCCAGUCCGAGGAGCCACGGCUAAAACGUCGGCUCAACCUCAAAGCGGGGAUCCGAGCUAAAUCUCCAGUUUCGGUGCUCAAAGACCUUCACAUUAACUCAGAUGCCAGCCAGCGUGCAGCCUCAGCCACCAUGAACGGCGGAGAGUUCCUGGAUAUUCAGACGCCGAACAUCAACGGCAACAACAACUCUCUCCCUCCCUCGCCGAGCUACCCAGUGUCCCCUACGUACCCUUCGCCCUCGGCCCUGCCAGCCCUGCCAGCCCUGCCAGCCCUGCCACAGGCAUGCAACAGUGUGGAGCAGGCCCGGCAAAAUAUGCUGCGUUUCCGUAAUGGCAGCAUCCUGUCCAUCGUCCCUGAGCCUCCUGAGAAGGCAUCGCUGUAUCGCAGAGAGAGGGAGAACGAACACGACUUCCAGCCACGCAGCCUUUCGGACUUUGAUAGCGACAACAUGGAAAUGGAGUGUGAAGAUGGCCCUCCCUCCGUGAUCUCCUCCUCCUCCUCCCAUCAAUCAGAGGGAAUGGACACAUACGAUCUGGAGCAGGUCAACAACAUCUUCAGGAAAUUCUCCUUGGAGAGGCCGUUCCGCCCGUCUUUGUCCUCCUUCUCCAGAAUCAGCGCCACCAUAAAGCCGGUGCAGGAGCUGUCGUUGCAUGGCGACAACCUGCUGAAGGACAUCACGCUGGUCGGCGGCAACGAGAGCGGGAUCUUCAUCUCGUCGGUUCAGUCCGGAUCCAACGCCGAGAGGGCAGGGCUGCGGGAAGGCCAGCACCUCUUGCUGCUUGAGGGGUGCAUACGAGGGGAAAGCCAAAGCAUUGCACUGGAUACCAGUACCCAGGAAGAGGCCCACUGGACGUUGCAGCACUGCUCUGGACCAAUCAAGCUACACUAUCGAGCCAGCACUGCUUCAUAUCACCGGCUCCAGAGUAAUCUGUCUGACGGCACGCAGGCGUCAGGGGACUCCUUUUACAUCCGAGUCAACCUCAACAUCUGUGGGCAGUCAGACAGCUGCUCCUUGAGCGUGCGCUGCGACGAAGUGGUGCACGUCCUGGACACCAGGUACCAGGGCCGCUGCGAGUGGCUGUGCGCCCGAGUGGACCCCUACACCGGCUCGGACCUGGCCGAGCGCGGCACCAUACCUAGCAACUCCCGAGCUCAGCAGCUGCUCCUGGUAAAGAUUCAGAAGUUCGUGUGUCGAGGUGGGAAAGAAGAAAAUGAAGGCAACCGAAACAGCAGAACCAGUUUACAGCCAGAAGAGGCCGGCUCUCCUCCGGACCCGAAGGCCAGCCCUCGUUUGUCCAGAGCCAGCAUCUUCCUCAGUCAGAUCCUGCAGUUUGUCAGCAGGGUGGAUAUCAAGUACAAGCGGCUGAACAGCAACGAGCGCGUGAGGAUCAUCAACUCUGGCAGCGCAACACUAGCAAGGCAAAGCUUCGAGCUGCUCAGACAAGAAGAUGUGGCUGAACCAGACAACGAGCUGAGCAGAAGCUUGAACCUGAUCCCUUACAGUCCCGUCACCCCUCAGCGGACCCAAAGGCGAAGACCGGUUCUGUUCACUCCGGCGGCGCUGGCCAAGACCAUUAUCCAGAAAAUACUGAACAUGGGCGCAGCCAUGGAGUUUAAUAUCUGCAAACCAGAUACCCUGUCUAAGGAGGAGUUUCAUCUGAAACAGAACGUGGAGCCCUUCAUUCACUACAAGGAGAAACAGGCCACAUUCGAAUGCAUCACCCGGGAAAACAUCGAAGCGGUCGCAGCCAAAGGUAAACACUGCCUGCUGGAGGCCGAGCUGAGCUGCGUCAAGGACCUACUACGCAGAGAAAUCUACCCCAUCAUCAUUUAUGUCAAGAUCUGUGAGAGACAUGUCAAGAAGCUAAGGAAGCUGCCGCUGCGCGUGGAGUCAGAGGACGACUUUGUGAGACUGUGUCGGGCGAAGGAGAAGGAGCUGGAGGCCCUCCCUUGCCUGUACGCGACCCUGGAGCCUGACUCCUGGACGAGCAUGGAGGACCUGAUCAAGGUCAUCAAAGACAGAAUUCUGGAGGAGCAGAAGAAGACCAUCUGGGUGGAGCAGGACCUGUUGUAGGCAUCCUUUUGUGUCCCAGUCUGUACAUUUGAAUACGUGUGUAGCUAAAUGCAGUAACCCACAAAACUUGUAAAUCUACUGUAGCUCUCAUUUUAUAUUUAUAGUCAGACUCAAAAGGGCAUGUCACGGAGACCCAAAUGUAUGCAUUAUGUAUUUUGUAAAAUUGUAUCUCAGUUUUCUAAAAAAUAAACUGAUUCAAAAACCUUAAAA